AUGGAUCAAUCACAACUACCACCCACUACGGGUCAACCUACACCAUCCUUUAUACCUACAUCAUCCACACCGUCACCAAAUACUACCAUUCCUACAUCCACACCCGAAAUUAAACCAACCAACACCACAUUACCCGAAAACACUCAACCUGGAUACUCUUUUAGCUACAAUCCUACAUCAUCCGCUGUUCCAGCUUUCUCAACAUUUUUCCCAACAUCCGGUCAACCCUCAUCAUCACAACAAAUACUACAACCCAAUUUAUUUCAAACCGGUCCCUCUAUUAUUCAUUCCACUCCAUUUCAACCACCUUUGCAACUGGGAGUACAAUAUCAACAACCACAGUUUCAACACACUUCGGGUGCAAGACAAGACGGGUUUGAUGAUAGGUAUGAUGAAGAAUUUGGGGGUUAUCAAGAUGAGGGAUGA